AGUUUGACAAAUUCUCCGCAGGUGUUCAUGUGUCAGACUUGAACCGUCAAACAGACACGCACAAUGGACUCUGGCUUUGAUAACCUAGAUGCUGCUGGUUUUCUGGAAAUCUGGCAACACUUUGAUGCUGAUGAUAAUGGCUAUAUUGAAGGCAAAGAGCUUGAUGAGUUUUUCCGUCAUAUGAUGAAGAGACUGGGUCCACAGGAGAAAGUGACAGAAGAGCGAGUGCAGUGCCUGAAGCAGCGGUUCAUGUCUGCCUAUGAUGUCACCGCUGAUGGCAAACUGCAAAUCGAGGAGCUGGCCCACAUGAUCCUGCCCGAGGAUGAGAACUUCCUGUUAAUUUUCCGCAGAGAGGCGACUCUGGACAACAGUGUGGACUUCAUGAAGAUUUGGAGGAAGUAUGAUGUUGACUGCAGUGGAUACAUCUCCGCUCAGGAGCUCAAAGCAUUCUUGAAAGACCUGUUCCAGCAGCACCACAAGGAAGUGCCAUCUGACAAAAUGGAUGAAUACACAGACACUAUGAUGAAAAUCUUUGACAAGAAUAAAGAUGGAUGUUUAGAUCUAAAUGAUUUGGCAAGGAUCCUGGCUUUAGAAGAAAAUUUCCUGCUGCAAUUUAAAAUGGAUGCCUGCAGUAAAGAGGAGAGGAAGAGAGACUUUGAAAAGAUAUUUGCGCAUUAUGAUGUUAGUAAAACAGGAGCACUGGAGGGCCCAGAAGUGGAUGGCUUUGUCAAAGACAUGAUGGGACUGGUCAGGCCCAAUUUGACUGGUUCUGACCUGGACAAGCUGCGAACUGUAAUGCUGCGUCACUGUGACGUCAACAAAGAUGGGAAGAUACAAAAGAAUGAGCUGGCCUUGUGUUUGGGAGUGAAGCUAAAGCUGUAGCGCUUUAAAGUCUAAAAGGCUGAUCAGUAUUUAUGAACCAAAUCAUGAUUAACUGUUGUCCUAUUAAAUGAUAAGUGACUUUGUGCAUGUUGUGAUCAUAUUUGAUUUGCAUACUGUAUGUACCAACAGUGGCUUACUAAGUUACUAAGUUUAGCCACACAUGUUUGUGUGCUUAUUUUAUCCAAAUGUGGAAAAAAUAACAUUUUGAAGCUUUAAAUAUGUGUGCAAUAUUAAUAUUUGGAUUAACCUCAACUCAACCUCAAAACAAGGGCUGUAAUGUUUUUGAUGAUACCAAAAGAUAGAAAUAUAUGAAUGAUGAAAAUUAGUAAAAGGAAAAAUAAAUGUUGUGGUGCUACUUACAAGACAUGGGCGUGUGAAAUUUAACUGCUGAUGUGACUAUACUCUACAGACGACACGCUGUAGACUGGGCUCUUGUUUGCGGUGCCAGAAUGAAGACAAAAUCCCCUUUAAGUGACUGGACCCUCUGGCCACUAAAAGGCAGCUAAUGGUGUGGACGUAAAAAUCUUUGGUUUACCGCAACUACAAUGUGUCCUUUGAGCUCUGAGACCUGUAACUGUGAUAGUGUUGCACAUACGCUAUGGGUCAGUCAUAAGAUAAUGCACAAUAAAAGAGACUUGA